CUAAACGCAUCACUCAUUAUUUAUGCCUAGUGUCACUUGCCUUGCUAUAAUCAUGAUCUUCGUUUCAGUCAGUGCUAAUUAGGUCCUGGGCACGCGCUGCAGACAGUCAGUAAUCUGAUUACUGCAGCGGCUGUGCGCUCCGGGGUCUCCAUAAAAGUUGGAGCGCGCAGAGCCGAGCUGUCAGACCGCGAAGAGCCGCUGCAGAGCAUCCACCUCCGCCGGGGCUGAUCCCGAACACCCGGAUACGUCACGAUUUCUGAUUGAUUCCUUUUUAUCUAUUUUAAUAUUGAUUAUUUCAGAAAGCUGCUGGGGUGUUGAACACGCACCGCCGUCCAAAGGCGCGCCGACAGGACGCGGAAAGGCUUCUCUCCUGCGUGGACUUACCGGGGCUGGGACACGAGCGGGGCGGGACUGCCAUGGAUCAGAUGCGCUCCUGUUAGAAAGCUCCGGCUCUCAGUUUGAUUUCACCUGGAGGUGUUUUAAAAUAAUAGAAAAAGACAAGUCGCCCUUUUUCCUCCUCCUUCCUUUUUUUCCGCCCGUUCUGGAUGCAAAUGUCUCCACAUCGCAGACGCGCAGCUGGAUUGUAGCGGCGGCCCCACCGAUGCUUUAAACGGGCGUUAAGGUGCGGGAAGGGAGUGGGACACAAACAGAUCUGGGGGAAGGUUCGCUUUGCGCGCGGCGAGAACGCACACCCGGAGGCAUGAACACCAGCAAACACCCGGCAAAAUUCAGAGAUGCUAGAGGACGCAAUACAUUCUGAUGAUGAGUGAGCGGUGCAUGCAGAUCAGAAGCAAAGGGGCUCUUCUUGUUAUGGUGCUCGUGGUCGGAGUCCUGGAGCUGUCCAAGUCGAUAGAAGGGACGACAGCUGCGCACCAUGUCCGGACGGGGACCUGUGAGGUGGUGGCGCUGCACCGCUGCUGCAACAAGAACAAAAUCGAGGAGCGGUCGCAAACAGUGAAGUGCUCCUGCUUUCCGGGCCAAGUGGCCGGUACCACCAGAGCCGCUCCGUCCUGCGUCGAUGCCUCGAUAGUGGAGCAGAAGUGGUGGUGCCAGAUGCAUCCGUGCCUUGAUGGGGAGGAAUGCAAAGUUCUUCCUGAUCUGAAGGGCUGGAGCUGCGCUACCGGGAACAAGAUUAAAACCACCAAGAUUUCUGCGGACAGAGACCAGCUUUGGUAACGUCAGACGCUCCACUACAAACCCCAGGUGAACGCCCCAUUAUGGUCUGGAGGAUCAUAAAAGACUAAUACGAAGGACUUUGCUGUAAAUAGAGACAUCCUUUAUUCUGGACUAGAGAUAAUCUUAAGGCUUCUGAAGGAAUCCUCAUGGACUUAAUGGACGUCAACGUGAGGCGUGCCGAUCUCCCCGCUCUGCCUUUUUUAAGGACUCCGUAUGAUUAGCCUUACUGGACGGCAGGACCAGUUCUCUGAUAUCGUACUGCUUGUAGUGGAAUACUGCAGUGAACUUCGCCUACAUGUUCAUCUUCUUGAGUAGCGCCACCUUUACAAGUGGUCUUACACAGCAGCUGUUUCAUUGGGCGACCAACGGAUCAGUGUGUGAUACGAACUAACACAUUAAUCGGUCGACUACGGCUUUCUCCUCUGACAAAUUGCAAUUAGGAAACUUGGGGGAGCAAAUAGUUAGUACGAUUUUCAAAGAAAUAAAAAGAUGACUAUCCAUCCAUGACAUGCAAUACUCAACCAGAUACUCAAAGACUCAAGGGCUUAGCCCAGGUGCAGGAGAGGUACAGAUCAAACGUAGAAUUAAAGGGAAUUAAAUCCAUUUACAAUCUAUUUCUUCUUCUUCAAGUUUCUAUGCCUUCCCCCCUCAAACUGUAUUGCUGCUUUCAAGUUCAGUUUCUUUGGUAAGAUGAAUGUAAAUGACAAACAUUUGGAUGAUGACAGUGUUUCCCAAACUGUUUCUAACUAGUGACUAAAGUAUGAUUUGCUAAUGACCUUUAAGUGACUAUCGCUGACACUUCUUUAGUCUGUGUAAGUGAUGACAUUAGUAAUAAACAAUGGUUGUGUA